AUGCGUUCGUUGAGAAUGAGUAAGAAACGAUCAUUCUCGGUUGAAGCCUUACUUCAGCUCGACAACAAUAGUGCUGUUGCUGCUGCUGCGGCCGUCAAUGCUGAACAGCUUAUCAAUGAAGCUAAAUUAACGGAAAGCAGCGCUGCAAGAGAAAAUGAUUUGAUUUCUGUUGUACUUGACUUCGAGAAUAGAAAUGAUGUGUGUUACGAUCAAAAUAUGAUUUGUGUGGUAAUAGACUCCAUCAUUCAUUCAGUGAAAUACAGAUCACUGACAUCGUCGAAAGAGGCAAAAGCUAGGCGUGCUAGGACUGCGUUCACUUACGAGCAACUUGUUGCGCUCGAGAACAAAUUCAAAAGCACCAGGUAUUUGAGUGUUUGUGAAAGGUUGAAUUUAGCUGUCGCCUUACAACUUUCUGAAACUCAGGUAAGUGAAUCUCGCCGGAUUGUUAUUUUACCUGUGGUGAAAAUUUGGUUUCAAAAUCGACGUACAAAAUGGAAGAAGCAUAAUCCAGGAAUGGAUGCGAAUGCGCCAUCAUCAUCAAUGUCACCGCAUUCCAUACAUUCCCACUCGCCAAGUCCCUCUUCCACAUCGUCGUCAAUAAUUAACACAUGUCCUAAUGCUGCUUUCAAAAAAACUUCAUUAUUGACCAAAACAACUUCAUCUGCUGCUGCCUCAACAAUUUCCACUACAACAAUAAAUGAUAACAGCCAUAUUGAUAAUAUGAAUAGUAGUAGUAAUAAUUUAUCAUCUAUAUGUCAACACCACAUAUCGAAUACUUUAUUAAUGUCUUCUUCAAUUAACCAUCUACCGUCCUCAGCUGCUGCCAUUACCAACAACCCUGUAUCUUUUCCCUAUGCAGUUUAUGCACUUCCGACACAGCCUGUUUUUUAUCAAACUCCUUCAUUAACCUUUAUUUAA